AUGGGCCUCCAGAAGCUGGCGGUGUGGCUGCUCGCCGCGGCGGGGCUUGUGCGCGAGUCCCUGCAAGGAGAGUUCCAAAGGAAGCUUUACAAGGAGCUGCUGAAAAAUUACAACCCUCUGGAGCGACCAGUUGCAAAUGAUUCCCAGCCGCUCACUGUCUAUUUCACUCUCAGCCUCAUGCAGAUCAUGGAUGUGGAUGAAAAGAAUCAAGUAUUAACAACAAACAUCUGGCUACAAAUGUACUGGACAGAUCAUUAUCUACAGUGGAACACGUCUGAAUACCCGGGAGUGAAGAAUGUCCGUUUUCCUGAUGGACUGAUUUGGAAGCCAGAUAUUCUUCUCUAUAACAGUGCUGAUGAAAGAUUUGAUGCUACAUUUCACACUAAUGUUUUAGUCAAUUCUUCGGGACAUUGCCAGUAUCUGCCACCAGGCAUAUUUAAAAGCUCAUGCUACAUAGAUGUGCGCUGGUUUCCAUUUGAUGUUCAGAAGUGUAACCUGAAGUUUGGAUCCUGGACUUACGGAGGCUGGUCCUUGGACUUACAAAUGCAAGAAGCAGAUAUAUCUGGCUAUAUUUCAAAUGGAGAGUGGGAUUUAGUAGGAGUUCCUGGGAAGAGAACUGAGAGUUUUUAUGAAUGUUGUAAAGAACCCUACCCAGAUGUAACAUUCACAGUAACUAUGAGACGUAGGACUCUCUAUUACGGACUCAAUCUUCUUAUUCCUUGUGUACUGAUAUCAGCACUUGCUUUGUUAGUUUUUCUGCUUCCAGCAGACUCGGGAGAAAAGAUCUCACUAGGUAUAACAGUUUUAUUGUCUCUCACUGUCUUCAUGUUACUUGUGGCUGAAAUUAUGCCAGCAACAUCUGAUUCUGUGCCCUUAAUCGCUCAGUAUUUUGCCAGCACUAUGAUUAUUGUUGGUCUUUCUGUUGUUGUCACUGUUAUUGUUCUACAAUACCAUCAUCAUGAUCCAGAUGGGGGGAAAAUGCCUAAAUGGACAAGAAUCAUCCUUCUCAACUGGUGUGCCUGGUUUCUGAGGAUGAAAAGACCGGGGGAAGAUAAAGUGCGUCCUGCCUGUCAACAUAAACAGCGUCGAUGUAGCCUAUCAAGUGUGGAGAUGAACACUGUGAGUGGACAGCAAUCCAGUAAUGGGAAUAUGCUAUACAUUGGGUUUAGGGGGCUGGAAGGGGUUCACUGCACACCUACAACUGAUUCAGGGGUGAUCUGUGGGAGGAUGACCUGCUCACCAACAGAUGAAGAAAACCUGCUGCACAGCGGCCACCCCUCUGAAGGUGACCCAGAUUUGGCUAAGAUCUUGGAAGAAGUCAGGUACAUUGCAAACAGAUUCAGAGACCAGGAUGAAGAAGAAGCCAUUUGCAAUGAAUGGAAGUUUGCAGCCUCUGUAGUGGAUCGGCUCUGCUUGAUGGCUUUUUCAGUCUUCACAAUCAUUUGUACAAUCGGUAUUUUAAUGUCAGCACCAAACUUUGUAGAGGCUGUGUCUAAAGAUUUUGCUUAACUCCUAACUACAAUCUGAUUCUCUGAAGUAUGAUAUGUAGCAUAUAAGAGUGUGGUUUUGUUUGAUUGCUUGUUUUUAAUGAGUAUACUGCUUCUCAUUGUCCGCUUUCUUUUGCCCACCCCCCCACCCCCCGCCCCGGUCCUGAGUUCCUUUUGGAAGAGUGGCACCAUUUCAGAAAGGAAGCCAAGGAUUUCUUCCUGGGCUGCCUGUGCGCAACUCCUCUGAGCACUCUUCGGUGGGAGAUGCGAAGUGGCUGCGAGUCCCUUCAGAAUGACAGGGUAUUGCACCACCGUCUCUUACAUAUUUUUGAACUGGCUAUUACAAAAUAACAGGUAGGCAAUGCCAGCAAUGUCACUUCUUCCAGACUUCGUUAUAAAAGAUAGAAGGUGGUCCAUCUUAACUAUUGGAAUGAGUGAUCGUAAACACUUAGUUUAGGAGAGCAUUAAAUCCAAGUAGAUGGAAGCUCAAACAGCAGAGAGAAAAGGGAGAAAUAGUUUGCUUUUCAGUUACUGCUUCUGAGUUGUGGUAUGUAGUUCUGCAGCUCACUCAUAACCAGUCAGACCCAUAACUCCCUCCAUGCACUUUAGAUAGAGCAUAUGUGACUUUACAGGAUUCUGAAUUUGUCUGGGACACCAGAAACCUGAAAGUUAAGAUGAUAUACCACAUAACUUGUCCUUCUAUAUCUUUCUGGAUUUGACCUAGAAGUUUGGCCUGAAUUCUUAAACAGGCUUCACAGUAUUUUUUUGCAGUGUUUACUACUUCUUCCUUCUCCCCAGAAACACAUUCUUUCAACAGAUGACCUUUUUAACUAUCAAAAAGAAAAUGAAGGAUUUAUGAUGCCUUUUUAUCCUCAUUUAAAAAAAAAAUUAAAAAAUACACACACUUCUCUCUUUCCUGUUAACCAGAUUCCAGUGUGGAAAACGUAACUCAGUGUCUUGUACAGGCUUAAGCAUAAAUGAAGAAUCUAAAGGAAAAACAAGCCAUUAAAUCCCGAGAUCAAGGUUUUAAUUUAAAAAUUAAAUGUUUGAUCUGUUGUAUGCUUAGCCUUGUAUAGACCUCUUUCUGUUGAAUCACCAUAACAUGUCUUUACAAGAAAACUGCACCUUUUCUGCUCAGUUUAUCAUCCGAAGAGCACUAAUGAAUAAUAAAGCUUUCUUGGGUCUGAUAAAAACUAUUAACUGUAUAUAUUUUUAUAUACACACUGCAUAUACGUCCAAGGAAUGGUUAAGACUUAAAUUCAAAUUCUCUUAAGUCCAAACAGACAUUUGCGAAGGCAAAACUAAUAGUUCACCACUUUAUGUUAUAUCUGAUUCUGAAGUUCUCCCAUCAAAAUAUGCUUAGUUUUCAUGUGACUUCGAUGUCUUAAUGAAAAGGGCUGAGCUGAAAACACCAGGACCUGAACCUUUGGGCAUACAAAACAGAUGAGAAUUAGUCUCUUGCUGGCACACCAGUAUUCCUGACCAGUGAUAAAAGUGGUAAAAGAUGUGGGGGAGGAUUACUUUAGCAUUGACUGCUUGCUUUAUCCUACAGAAUCCCGACUUUUUGGCUGAGGUCUUCAGAGACACAAAUGGAGGCCUGCUGUUGUACCAUGUUUUUACUGUGAAAUAAACUCAAGGCCUCAGUUUAUCUCUUAAGCUGGAUUAAAAUAAAAUGACUGAAAUGCUUAUUCUCCCUAGGUAACAAUUUCCUUUUCAGAGUCUGCUCUGCUGAAAGCAGGAGAAUCAAAUUUCAUGUAAACCAAGCCCAGAGUCACCACAGG